AAAAAUUUUCGACUAUUAUAUCCAUCUAAACUGGCUACCAAGGAUCAGCCUCUUGGAAGUUGUCACAAUGCCGAGAAAAGAAGUAAAUCGAAUCCUCUCAUCGUCAUGCCCGCCGAGCAGCGAUCCAGGAACCGUAUUGGUCGAAACUGAAAGACUCAUUAUACGGCGAUACCUAUUAUCAGAUGCUCCAGCUCUGGCAAUGGCUGCAAACCACGAAGAAGUUGCAACUUACAUGAGCGAUCGCUUCGCCAGCCCGUAUACCGUUGCCGACGCUGAGAAUUUCAUUCAACAAACCUUUCAUGAUGAUGAUACAGCAGCAUACCCACACUCAUCAGCCAUCGUCUUGAAGCCAGGAUUUCCAGGCAACCCCUCCGCUACUGAACCACUUAUCAUUGGCGGCAUUGGAACACACCAUUUAACCGACAUAUUCUACCGAACGUGGGAUCUGGGUUACUACCUUUCUCCGACAGUGUGGCGCCAAGGCUACGGAACUGAAGCGCUAAACGCAUUCACAAGAUGGGUGUUUGUCACCUGGCCAUUAUUGAACCGCAUACAGGCUCGUACAUAUGAGAACAACAUAGCAAGCCAAAAGUUGUUACAGAAAUGCGGUUUCGUGAUAGAGGGAAGGGGGAGAGGGGUUGUUGAAAAGAAUGGAAAGCUCAUGGGCGAUGUUGCGUUUGGUCUCGUAAGAGAUGAUUUAAAGUGAGAAGUGCUCCUAAAGUCUCAUAGUUUUGUUUUGGAAUUACAAAUGUCUGCGAUUCUUUUAUUAUUACCUUGGGUGUCAGCUGUCUAAUAAAAUCCAUCAAAUGCCUU